AGUCGAAAUAGCAGAAAUGACCUCUGAAAGUCUUUACUGGCAUGAUAUGAGAAUCCAUUCACAUUUCCAAAAGUAUCCAUCACCAAGAUGGGCCCAUACAUGUGUGAAUGCGGAAGAUAUAAUGUACAUUAUUGGAGGAUUUGAUGGCGAAUACCUCAAUGAGAUUUGGAAGUUCAACUUUGAAGCAAGGACACUCAAGAUGAUAGAUACCCACAUAGACCAAAGCCUCAAACGCAGCAACCAAACUUCUGUAUAUUUUAGCAAAGAUAAAUGAAUUUAUCUUUUUGGAGGGGGAGGACCAGAUAAGCAACGAUGAAAUGAUACCCACAAGUUCAAUAUCAAGACUGAACAAAUGGUCAAGGUUCACACAUUUGGUAAGCCCCCACUUCCAAGGACCUACCAUACUGCUAACAUCAUUGAGUCAUACAUGAUAGUGAUCGGCGGAGAAGCAGAAUUUGACAUGAAUGAUGUCCAUCUCUUAGAUCUUGAGAAUAACUGUUGGGUUAAACUUAAGCUCAAAAAUAACGGAUUUAGCCCCAGAAGGUUUCACACAUCAACUAUUUGUGAGUUCAAGAACAACCUUGCUUUGUCCCAAAAGUGGAGAUAUAAGAUCUACAUGUUUGGAGGAUGCCAUCAAGAUUAUGAAUAUCUCAGCGAUAUCAUAGAACUCGACUUCGAGGAUGCAAUACUAGAUUAUAAGCUCACCCAAAAACCUUUCCUUGAUAAAUUAUGUAAGGAAUGCAGCCAGCUCCCUCAAAUUCCAGGAUUGAACAACUUGAGUCAAAAUGUGAGGGAAGGUCAAUCAGAAUCUGAUUACAAAGAAAACCUAUCAAUAUCACAAAAAUUAGAGAAUUGUAAAAAUGAGAUUAAACAAGCCAUCAUCACUUGCCAGCACAGACUUCCAACGAUAUCAUGGAAGAAAUUCAAGAAUAAAUCUGUAAGACCACCUCCAAGGUGGGGUCAUUCAGCUGCAGAAUAUGAUGGCAAAAUCUACAUCUUCGGAGGAAGGAAUGAAACAGACUGAAACGAUCUCUAUUGAUUCGACGUUCUGACCAAAAAGUGGACUGACCUUUACAACCAAGAUUCCCUUCUUCCUAAGGCUAGGAGAAGACAUUCAGCAAUCUUUGUGGGAAGAACAAUGGUUCUAUUUGGUGGAUAUGACGGCGUGUAUCUCAGUGACAUGUACUACAUUUAAUGCGAAACCCUUUAGUAUCAUAUACGAUCCAAAAGAUAUUCACAAAGUAUAUCUUUCUCUCAUAAAUAAGCCUGAAUUUGCAGAUGUCUGAUUCAUUGCAACUAAUGAGUCUGAAAGAUAUCAUGAGAGAGGAAAGGAACAUACCAAGAGAAGUUCACUCAGAGGCUCACUGCUAUUUCCAACUAAAACAUACACUUGAAAGAUAUAUGCUCAUUCAGUCCUUCUUGUCUACAGGUUGAUGAAUAAAGCUCCUCCAGAUUUUAUAAGAAAAGUUAUUGACCAGAAGAAAACCAGAAAAGUAGCUAUAGUUCACUUACCCGAUCAGGUAACUUUCAGAUCGUUUCUCAAGAUCCUAGAGUUUCUCUACUGAGGGACAUUCAUCAAUAAGAUUUCCUUAAGAGACCUUACUGAUAUCAUUAAAGCAUGUGAUGCUCUGCAGUUUGAAUGACUUCAGAAAUAUAUUCACUCCGCAAUCCAAAAGCAUGAUUUAAUUUGAAGUCAAAAUCAGAACUCAUCCUCGAUCAGCUCAGACUACAGUCUUCGAGAACCAAAUAGUGAGAACUUUACCUUUUCCUCAGAUACCUUUUCUCAGAGUGAUAACACUGAGGAGCUAAGCUGGAAUUCAGCUCCCUUAGUUGAGAAGCAAGAUGGCACUUCAAUCCAUGGAGAGCAUCUGCUCUCCCAUGAUGAAGACCUUGAGAUGUAUGGGUCUGAUGCUAACUCGAAAGAUCUGUCCAUAAUUUUACUAAAAUAUGGCGAAAAUCAAAGUACAAUGUUUGAUUUUUACAAGCUCAUGAACAAAGAAGUGGUAUCACCAGAAGACAUUGAGGAAGAGGACUCUAGCAAAUUUUUCAAAGAUCUCAUCUUCAACAAAUCCCUCUGCUCGAACUUUGGAGAUAUAGUAAUAUUGGUCGGAGACCAAUAUUACCAGAGCUACAAGUGCAUCCUAGUUGAGAGAUCUGAGUACUUCCGGAUCAUGCUGACAAAUUUUAAGGAAAGUGGCCAAGCAUACAUACAUCUCAACUCAAUCAAAGUGAAAUAUUUUGAUACAAUCUAUGAGUAUCUGAUUACUGGCAAAACAAUGAUGAAGCAUAAGUCCUGAUCAAGCUUGGUGAAAUUAAUGAUACUAGCAAAAUAUUUCAUGAUAGAAGAGUUAGUGGCUCAGUGAGUAAUUCAUAUUCGGCAGUAUCUUUCAGACUUCACUGUAUAUCACUUAUAUCUGAUUGGAGAAUCUUAUAAUAUUGCUUCUCUUACUGAAAUGUGUCUUGAUUACCUCUCAUUUAAGACAAGAGAAGAUGAAGAAAUAUCAAAGCAGUACAAGCGCUUUAAAGAGAUUUGUAGUCCAAGUUUGCUUCAAGAAUUCGAGAAGGCAAUGAAACAAGUAAAGAAAAACAAUAUCGUAAUGAGCUGAGACCAUUACAUUACCCAUGGAAACAUCAACCCAAUAACAUUCGAUAGUCCUAGUAAAUACAAGAAAGGGCUUGACUCUUUGCUCUCCCUCAACAUGAUAACCACCGAAAACGAUUUUCCUGAAAUUCCUUCAAAACCACCCUCUCCUCACUCCAAAACAGUACGAGACCUUCUUUCCCAGUGCCAUACCUCCUUCGCCAGUGACACUGAAGACUUUGACUCCUUCCUGGAGCCACUUUCCCUCCCAAAAUCCCAACAAUCUCGGCCUUUCACCAAAAUAUUUUCCGAAAUCACACAUGAAAAUCCUCAUAACUUCACUAUCUCCAAUCCUGAGAUGCCUUUUGAGAAUGACCAUGACUCUGAUGACUCCAGUACGAUGUCUUCGUAACUGAGGUUUCCAGUAGGGAUUUAU